ACGGCACGAUGGUCGCACAAGAAUGUGAUAGAGCGUCUACGGCCGCCAUUUUCUUCCUUUCUUAGCGGUUAGCCGAGCGGGGAUCCUCCGCGAGGAAGCGGCAGCGGCGGCUGUAGCGUGGGCAUGGCCGACUACUCAACGGUGCCUCCGCCCUCGUCUGGCUCAGCCGGCGGCGGCGGAGGAGGCGUUAACGAUGCUUUCAAAGAUGCCCUGCAGAGAGCCCGGCAGAUUGCAGCAAAAAUUGGGGGUGAUGCUGGUACAUCAUUGAAUUCAAAUGACUAUGGUUAUGGGGGACAAAAGAGACCCCUAGAAGAUGGCGAUCAACCAGAUGCAAAGAAAGUUGCUCCCCAAAAUGACUCUUUUGGAGCACAGUUACCUCCGAUGCAUCAGCAGCAAAGAUCUGUAAUGACAGAAGAAUACAAAGUUCCAGAUGGAAUGGUUGGAUUUAUAAUUGGCAGAGGAGGAGAACAGAUUUCACGCAUACAGCAGGAAUCUGGAUGCAAAAUACAGAUAGCUCCUGAUAGUGGUGGCCUUCCAGAAAGGUCUUGUAUGCUAACCGGAACACCUGAAUCUGUCCAAUCAGCAAAAAGAUUACUGGACCAGAUUGUUGAAAAGGGAAGACCAGCACCUGGCUUUCAUCAUGGUGAUGGACCUGGAAAUGCAGUUCAGGAAAUCAUGAUUCCAGCCAGCAAGGCAGGACUCGUUAUUGGAAAGGGGGGAGAGACUAUUAAACAGCUUCAGGAACGGGCUGGUGUUAAAAUGGUUAUGAUUCAAGAUGGGCCUCAAAAUACUGGUGCUGAUAAACCUCUUAGGAUUACGGGUGACCCAUACAAAGUUCAGCAAGCCAAGGAGAUGGUCUUAGAAUUAAUUCGUGAUCAAGGUGGUUUCAGAGAAGUGCGGAAUGAGUAUGGCUCAAGAAUAGGAGGAAAUGAAGGGAUAGACGUCCCAAUUCCAAGAUUUGCUGUUGGCAUCGUAAUAGGAAGAAAUGGAGAAAUGAUCAAAAAAAUACAAAAUGAUGCUGGUGUUCGAAUUCAGUUUAAGCCAGAUGAUGGAACAACACCUGAUAGGAUAGCACAGAUAACAGGACCUCCAGACAGAUGUCAGCAUGCUGCAGAGAUUAUCACAGACCUUCUACGAAGUGUUCAGGCUGGUAAUCCUGGUGGACCUGGACCUGGUGGGCGAGGACGAGGUAGAGGUCAAGGCAACUGGAAUAUGGGACCACCUGGUGGACUGCAGGAAUUUAAUUUCAUUGUGCCAACUGGAAAAACUGGAUUGAUAAUUGGAAAAGGAGGCGAAACCAUAAAAAGCAUAAGCCAGCAGUCUGGUGCAAGAAUAGAGCUUCAGAGAAAUCCUCCUCCUAACGCAGAUCCUAAUAUGAAGUUAUUUACAAUUCGUGGCACUCCACAGCAAAUAGACUACGCUCGGCAACUCAUAGAAGAGAAGAUUGGGGGCCCAGUAAAUCCUUUAGGGCCACCUGUACCCCAUGGACCCCAUGGGGUUCCAGGUCCUCAUGGGCCUCCUGGGCCUCCAGGGCCUGGAACUCCAAUGGGACCAUACAACCCUGCACCUUACAAUCCAGGACCACCUGGUCCAGCUCCUCAUGGUCCUCCAGCCCCAUAUGCUCCCCAGGGAUGGGGAAAUGCAUAUCCACAUUGGCAGCAACAGGCUCCUCCUGACCCAGCUAAGGCAGGAACGGAUCCAAAUUCAGCAGCUUGGGCUGCUUAUUAUGCCCACUAUUACCAACAGCAGGCACAGCCCCCGCCUGCAGCUCCUGCAGGUGCACCAACUACAACCCAAACGAACGGUCAAGGAGAUCAGCAGAAUCCAGCUCCAGCUGGACAGGUUGAUUAUACAAAGGCUUGGGAAGAGUACUACAAGAAAAUGGGUCAAGCAGUUCCUGCUCCUGCUGGGGCCCCACCAGGUGGGCAGCCAGAUUAUAGUGCAGCCUGGGCUGAAUACUAUAGACAACAAGCAGCAUACUAUGCCCAGACAAGUCCCCAAGGAAUGCCGCAGCAUCCUCCAGCACCUCAGUGCCUUCCCAGACCUUCCACCUUAGGUUCUGCUGCAAAAAGCAACAGUGCUGAAGAUGCUGCAAGCACCAAAUCAUAGCUCAUAAUAUCAGGUCCUGAGAUAGUUACCCAUAAAGAGGAAUCCUUUGAGUGUAUGCCAUUGGUGAGCCGAUGAGCAUGGACCAUAGAAGGGCUCAAUGUAGAAGGUAAAAUUGGCAAAUCAUAAUUGAGAAAUAUGAAAUGUAUUCCCAUACAUAAUAUGGUAUAGGGUAUGAUGUACCUGCUCUUAAUCUUGAUCACUUUUCAUUUUAAAGUGCUAUUCACUUAAAUGUUCCAUGAACUGUUAAAAUUAUAUAGUUGUUGCACACACUGUGUGUGUGAGUGUGUGUGUGAGAGAGAGGGGGGGGGGAGAGAGAUAGGUUGGGUCGGUAUCUCUUUAGAGCCUGUGAAGUUUUGGUUAGCUGUAGUUGGCGUUUGGAAAUCUGGAUGAAUGCUUAUAGAUAUUGGGGAUUGUUUCUGUCUUGUGAGAAGUUUCAAUUCGUUACCAUAAACCUUCACUGGUUUAAAGCAUUUUAAAUAGCACCAAACUUAACUUGUAAAUAAACUUGAAAGCAGAAAAGGUGCCAGUUGAUUUGAAUUCAGAUUUUUAAGGUAGAAAAUUGAAUGGUUUAGCUUGAAAUUAAACUCAUAUUUAAACAAGUUUACAGAUUUUUUUAAUGACAUACAUGUUAGUGGAGUGAUAACUUAGUGUUCAUUGCUUUGAUGUUUGUUUCAGAAAUGUAUACUUGUUUUUUAGUAAUGAGAAUCAUUUUAAUAAUAUUAAAACUAGUAAUUUGAUACUAAUUAUAAAGUGUAUUAAACAAAUAUCUUGGUAGUUAAUUCAUUAAAGUCAGUUUAGAUAGCAAUAGCAAGUGCUUCCCUAAGUUUUCAUUCACUUUUGAAUGCUUUGCCAAUACAACCAGUUCUUCCUAAAAAUGGUUAACAUGUUGUAUAGAAUGUUGAUGUAGAAUUAACUGAUCACUGGAGAUGUCUUUUUUUUCUUUUUCUUUUUUUUUUUUUUUUUUUUUUUGCAAAUUCUGCCUGGCUUUAAAAUGCAUUUUCAUAAUACUUAGAUAAUUUGACCGAAAAUGACCCUACUUUUUGUUUGAUCAGUCAGUCGAAUUGAGAAAUUUUUUUUAAAUGAUGGCUUUAAAAAAGCAAAUGCCAGGGCUUUAGUUUCUUGAAUGAUACCCUAAAGAAACUCUUAAUGUAUUUGCAAAUAUAUAUAUAUUUUCUUAUGCAUGCUCGAUGCAUUUUCGUCCUGAGAAAAGUGUUCUCUACAGAAACUACCCGUGUGUUAAAAGAAGAUUGGCUUAAAAUGGCUACUGUGAUGGGAACAGUGUCUUAGGGAGAUGCAGCUUGGACUGGAGGUAAAUUGAAUACUUUACAAACUGGUUUAGAGUUUUGCUUUAUUGACAUUGUAUGUAAAGGGCAUUGGAUUGUUGUUAUUUUGUAUUCUUUAUGGUUUUCUUAAUUUAAAACAAUAAAUGUACAGUGAUGACUUACCAGAGUGCUUUUUUUGUCUUUUGUGUCUUUGAUAUGUAUACUGAGUUAAAAUUUUUCUCCUUUAUUUCUGUCAUUAAAAACUUACUGUGAAAAAAAUACUGGUGGUGGUUUUGCCUUUUUAAUUCUAAUGAUAAGUUGUUUAAACUUUUAAAAGAGCGGAUAGCCCA